AUGGCCCAAUGUUCCGCACCCGUCGAGGGGAUCGUAGGUUCAUACACUGGCAAUAGCUUCGCUCUCCAGGGCUUCAUUGUCAGCCUGUUAAGCGUUGCCCUCUACAGUGCGCUGGAAUUGAUUAUCCUCGUAUUUUCAAUAUUCCGUAUCUACCGCGGGCUUUACUUCUGGAGUCUUCUCAUCACAGCCCUCCUUGGCGUGAUUCCCGACGCCCUGGGCUUGCUUCUGAAAUAUUUCGAGCUCGCGCCCAUAUGGGUCCCGGUUACACUAUCAACUGCGGGAUGGUGUAUUAUGGUGACUGGGCAGUCACUGGUUCUCUACUCCCGGCUACAUCUUGUACAACAAAACAAAAGAAUCCUUCAAUUCGUCUUGGGUAUGAUCAUCUUUGACGCAAUAGUUUUCCAAAUCCCUCAGAUAAUUGCCUCAUAUGGUGUUGUAUAUGCCUGUGACCUUGCAUUUGGUCGAUUUUUCAAUAUAUGGGAGAAGGUUCAACUCACCGUCUUUUUUGUCCAGGAGAUUAUCAUCUCCAGUAUAUUUAUUGUGCAGACUGUCAGACUGUUACGCAGUUACCCAACCAGGAGCAAGCGGAAGACAAACAUCAUGUAUCAGCUUUUGGCGAUCAAUUCUGCCAUCAUCUUGAUGGAUAUAUCUCUGAUUGUGUUGGAAUUUCUGGGCUUGUUCAUCAUCCAAACUGUGCUGAAAACCUUCUUUUAUACCGUCAAGUUGAAGUUGGAGAUUGCAGUCUUGUCGAGGCUGGUCUCAUUUGUACAAUAUGACUUCCAGCAGGAUUCGUCUGGAUUUGGCCGGUCGAAAUGA